AUGGACAAAUCAUUCUUCUUUGAUUUGUGGAAAAAUGCAUUUAAGGAUCUGGAGCUCCAAUCAGAUGCAAAGACAGUCACACAGUGGAUCACUAAUAAUACCGAACUGAGAGGGCCUAUAUGCAUGUAUGUUGAAGAAGCCAGAUAUAGAGAAAGAUCUCAGAGAGAGUUGGAAGAGGAAGGACUGCGAGAUACCCAGAAAGAAGACGAUUUGAUUUUCCGAGGCAUAUCGGAAAGAAUGGCUUCAAGACCCCCACGGUUCAACAGCAAAAUAGAGGAGGCUGCUUGUGGACUGAACAUUAAAUUACUGAAGCAGAAGAUUGAAGAUAUUGAUGCUGGAGAUGUAUACAAGGAAGCAGAGAUUUACAGGCAUGUUCAGCCUCGUUUCGACUGUUCUGCCAUGAUCUACGUUUCGCGAGAGCCCCGGGUGGGGGAGCUUCUCCUGCACAUUGCCAGACAAGUAGGGUGUCCAGAUUUGGGGGAGGAGUGGAGCAAAGAAGGCCCUGAAGGGAAGCUUUGUUCAUAUCUGAGACACAAAAAGUAUGUCAUUCUCCUUGAUGACAUCUGGGAUGUUGAAACAUGGGAUGCACUGAGACUAGGACUCCCAAGUGACCCCAAAAGUGGCACUAGAAUCAUCAUUACCUCCCGGGACACAGCUGUGGGGAGAUACAUUGGAGGUGAAUCUUCAAUUCAUGAAAUGCAUCCUUUAGGUUCAGAUCAAAGCUGGAAACUUUUCUGCAACCAAGUAAUGAUGCCAGAACACAGCGCGGAAACUGCAUAUCCAAAGGAGCAGAUAGUGGAAAGCUGCGGAGGUGUGCCACUAUCCAUUGUAGUUAUAGCGGGUGUGCUGCGCGAGAGAGGGACAAUCAUCACAAACCAAGUCCUUGAGGACAUAAGACAUGAAGAUCAGCAUUAUGGACAAGACAGAUGUACUAGGUUUGUGUCUCUGAGUUAUGACAAUUUGCCCAUUCCACUCAAAGACUGUUUCCUGUACUUGGGGCUUUUCCCAAACUCCCAAAGGGGCAAGAAAUAUUAG